AGUGUGUGGUGUGGUCAACAUUCUUCAGCCAGGUUAUUGUGACUCCUCGCCUACGUGUGACCAUUAUAAGUGACAGAUGCUGGAUGACAGAUGACACGUCUGGACCCAGUUAUAUGCUUCUAGGGUCAGAUCUUGGUUCCCCUUACCUCAACCUGCAAUUCAGCGAUGUACAAGUUCUCAAGGACAUUAGGUGGUCAUAUCUACAUUUUAAUUAAUAAAAGUCAUUGUAUUCGGGGACAGACGGCCAGUGUAUAUACACGUUAGGAUUAUAUUAAGGUCUCCCCCAAGGUCGAACUGCUGCCCGGAAUGCAACCCCACAAUAAGCUAACCCCAGGGGGGGGGGUAUCUAUUUACUGAACAGGUCAUUAGGUGAUAGGAAAUGCACCCAGCCAUUUCUGUUCCACCCAGGAUUCGAAUCCGGAAUUCUGGAUUGUGAGUCAAGACUGAACCAUACUGUACUACCAGGGCCUUAAAUUUUAAGCUGUAUAUAUGAAGUAUAUGGAGUUGAUCGAGACAAUUUCCUCAAAAGGUCAGAUGUAACACAAACAAGGAGCAACGAUUUCAAGCUCAACAAGCCACAGCGUAUAGGAUAGAAAACGCAUGCUUUUACACCCGGGAUUUCGCGCAGGGACGACGCAGUAUGGCGUCAAAAAUUUAUUAGGCGAAUGUGUGGGAACGAUGCAUCACGUCAAAAAUUAAAAAUUUUGCCAAAAUUCAGGUUUUUAUCCGAUUUUGGGGGGACUGGUUUUAAAAUUGGCGCCAACGUCUUCCCAUUUUCCUUGAUGGCCCAUGUGGCACCGAGGCAGCGCGACCCACGAGGUAGGCCCAUGUGUUAUCCUCCCACGCUAGUGACCGCGCCUUCCUUCCCUCGCGUCCCAAACGUGUCAACGUUCCGGCUAUAUUCCUCCGCUAUAUUUCUUACUGCGGCUUUAAAAACUCUCUGCGUUUACUCUCUCUGCGUUUACUCCAAGAUGGAUAGUGAUCAAGAACAGAGCCAUUCCAGGAAGAAAUCAGUGAAACUUCGGAGAGAGAAGCUAGGUAGUGUGCACCAAAAGUACAGUAGGGUGAGACUCGCACCCUCAAAAUUCCAGGCUAUAUGUGAUGAUUUAUCCGAUACAGAAAGUGCUGAUAGUGACAGUGAUUUAGAUAGUGAAUUCAUUGAAACGGAAACAGCAGAUGAUGAUGAAACUGAAAGUGAGGGGAGCGAGGAUUAUGAUGUUUAUAUUGCCAUACGUGCACGGCGUGGUAUGGGAACUCGUACCGCGGGUACCACACGCACCCCACCAACAAGUUCUGAUGAAGCCUGGUCUACUGACAAUACUCCACCCUUUGUAGACAGUUAUAUAGGAGUACCAGGCUUGACUUGUCCUGUGCCUAGCACUCCUCUGGGAUUUGUACAAUUAUUUCUUACGCAAAGUUUGCUGAAAUACAUGGUCUAUGAGACUAACUUGUAUGCUACCCAAAGCAAUGCACCUACUUUGACCAACACAAGCAAUAGAUGGGAACCAGUGAGUGUAAAAGACAUGGCCCGAUUUUUGGGAUUAACAAUAUUGAUGGGCAUUUUGAGGUUGCCAAGGAUCAGAAUGUACUGGCAAACAGGUAAAUUUUGGCAUGUACCUUGUUUCAAUACUUUUAUGACUUCGAAACGAUAUGAAUUGAUUUCAAAGUAUUUUCAUAUUUAUAACAGUAAUGCCAUUGCAAAAGACAAUCCAGACAGACUAAUCAAAGUUAGAACAGUCAUGCAAUAUCUCACACAAAAAUUCAAAACAUUAUACAUUCCUCAGAAAAAUAUGCGUUUGGAUGAAGGCACAAUGGCAUGGCGUGGCCGUCUAGCUUUCAAGACUUAUAAUCCAAAUAAACCUGAUAAGUAUGGAAUAAAGCUCUACAUGCUAGCUGAAUCCCAGACUGGUUACAUCUAUGAUUUUGAAGUGUAUGCAGGCAGUGGGAAGACGACGAUUGAAACGGUUAUGGGCUUGAUUGAACCACUGAAGAACAAAGGUUAUCAUUUAUAUAUGGAUAACUACUAUAACUCUGUUCGACUGAGUGAAUUGCUGCUUGAACAAGGGGUGUACACCUGUGGUACUAUCAGAUUGCAGCGUGGUCAGCGUGGUGGACCUAAAAGUCUUCAGGUCCAAGCAAAGGGUAAAAUGCCAGUAGAUAAAACUGUAUUUCGACGGAAGGACAAUACUUUUAUAAUUCUGUGGAAAGAUAAGCGAGUUGUUUCACUCAUCACAACUUGCCACAAUGCAGAUACACAACAAGUGGAACGAAGGAAACGAGUACGCAAACCUGACGGAACAUUUUCAUUGCAACAGGUCACUGUGAACAAACCAAACGCAAUCUGUGACUACAAUACACACAUGAAAGGUGUUGAUCACUUCGACCAAAUGGUCAAAUAUUAUCAAUUCACACGAAAAAGUUACAAGUGGACGAAGAAAAUGACGUUCUACUUUCUGCAAAUGGCUAUCCAUAAUGCUUUUGUGUUAUACAAUUACUACACAACAGAUACAAAGAAACUCACAUUACUCCAUUUCCACGAAGUAGUCAUUUCGUCACUACUGUACUUUCUUCCUAAGAAUUGGCCUCUGCAAAAUGAUAACAUCACACAUGCUGCUGAUGUACAUGACAAUGAGAGCACAUCUACUGGCCACAAUGUUGCAACACCCGGACCAUCAGGUGUGAGGCGGCCACCAUUCCCUUCACCUCCAGUUGCACAUUCAUCAUCUGACUCAGAAGACAAGAGUCAGAAUAUACCUAGUGGUGCUUCUGCUAGGAAAAAAACCCGUAUUAUGGAUAAUCCAGAACGUCUGAACAGGAACUUGUGCCAUUCCCUAGUGAAGAUACAGAAGCGUCUGAGGUGUCGUGUUUGCAAAAUGUCUAGUAAAAGGAGGGACACCAGGUAUAAGUGCAAGUCCUGUAAUGUGCCACUGUGUGCGGCACCAUGCUACAGCAAAUACCAUCGCAAGAAACAAUUCUGGGCUGAUAAGCAGUAAUGCUUGCCCACCAUCCACUCCACCUAUAAAAACCAUGGGUUAACACUUCGGGAAACGUUUUCCUGGAGCAGUGGAGUGGAUAAAACUAAUGCUCAACCCAUGUCAUGCUCCACAAACAACACUGGAUUGGUAAGCAGUUUUUGUUUUUUAUAUAUUUUAUAUUGUGGUUUAUACUUUAUCUUACUGUAUUGGCAAUAUUGUUCUUCAAUUUGCCAUUAUAUGCAUAUAUCCAUCUACAGCAUUCUAUUGGGAACAAUUUGAUACCAAAAUGAGCGCUGUAACACAAAAAUUGAUGUCGUCAACCAGAAAAAAUACUAAACAUUUGUGAGCAGGAUAUGUGGGUGUAGCUGGCGGGCCAAUGGGUGUUCCGUCACCUGUAACACAUGGCCUGCUUUGGGCUUGGCAGCGGGUGGGGCGCUCCUCGGUUUUGGGCAUUAUAUGCAUAUACUCCUGUAUGGAAUUCUAUUGCGAAUACAUUGAUACCAAAUUAAAAGACCUAGGACGAGAAUUUAGGUGACCAAAGUGAAAAGAGUAUACACAUUUUAUUGCUCUUGUGCGCUCAGGGAUAACGUGCUGUCAAUUUCUCGGUUUGGUGCGGGUGGUACGCCGGGCUUCUGGUCUGUAUAUGCAUAUACUCCUGUAGGGAAUUCUAUUGCGAACACAUUGAUACCAAAAUGAAAAAAAUAGGACGAGUAUUGAGGUGACAAACUUGAAAAGAUUAUACACUUUUCAGAUUUACCGCGCGCUCACAUGGACCGCCCGGCCCACCUUGAGGCGGUCUGGCGCUCGGUAGCCCGAAGCGUGUAAGUGUUAGCCCUUGCAACCGCCUACCUGCCGAUCCCAUAAAUUUACCUGUCCUCGACAAGAACAGGAAGCCGGCGGCUUGUCAAAUAUCCUCCCAUUUGUCCUGAUGAUUUUUUCCAGUUGUAUUUCAAAACCCAACAAGAGUUUUAGCAUAUACGGCUUCUGCGGGUAGGCAGUUCCAUGGCUCUAUAACCAUAUGGGUGAAAUGCCAAAACUGUUAAGUUCUAAAAUCCAGUUGAAAAAAUCAUCAGAGCAAAUAGGGGGACCUUUAACAAGCUGCCAGUUUCCUGUUUUCAUAGAGACCACCAGUGUUAAUGGGCUUGAGGUAAAUUUAGGAGUGUACCUCCUUUUCUUAGUGCAUUCCAAUUAUUUACAGCUCUGACACUGAAAUAAUUGUUUAUAAUAUCUAUGUAGCUGAUUUGGGUACUUAGUUUAUAACCAUGUUCCUUUGCACAUGUACCACAUGUACCAAAUACAUAGCUUGUCAUUAUCACAAACAGUCUCCAUGGUGAAGUGGUAAGACACUCGUCUGGCGUUUUGCGAGUGCUUGGUCCUGGGUUCGUAUCCUGGCAGGGAAGGAUUUACUGGGCGCAAAUCCUUAACUGUAGCCUCUGUUUAACUCAA